GCUACCGAAAACCACUGCCCCCGCUGAAUUGCAGCUGUAACAACAAUCGCAGCAGUAGACUUCGUCGUCAGAUCGUAAUAGUGGUUCGUUGUCAUCGUUUACGCAUCGUGACGUACCUGUGCAGUUCUGUCGUCGUUCUUCGCUAAUCUUGUUUUGAUAAGCAAGACGGCGGAGGUUAUGAUGGUGCUAAUCAUUGCGGUGCAGUCGCUUCUUCAUCUAAGGAUACUAUGCAACAAUACCGUGGAUAAAUUUUCGUCUAGAAUUCACUCUGGAUUAGACAGCCCAUUUCGAUCAGUGUGCGCGCGUCAUAUCAUAUCUUGCUGUGAAUGUUGUUUUUUGUGCCUCUAUGAUCGAGUUUGUGAGAACGUGAUCCUGCUUACGUCUUUUCUACCCCGCUUUUCCCUGCGUGCCGACGUGUAGCUCUGCCAUUGUGUUACCAAUGUAUAGAUACAACAGAUGAUGUAUUCAUCUAGUGAUUGGAGUAAGACUGUGUUCGUCAUUGAGCCCCACCGUUCAACAUGAAAUGCAGCAGAUGGCGGAGUGCAGGCGGAUCAGCCGCAGUACAAUCUACGACGUGCCGCUUAUUGCUUCUAGUCAUAUCUGCAGCGUGUUCUAGUCUGAUUGUCAGUUUCAACGUGUUACUACUGUUGUCCGUAGCUGAAUCGGCUGAAGGCGUUAUCUCAACCCCCCGCUUUAUACCGAACGUCUAUCAUCCAAGCAACCUUAGCUUUGUCGAAAUAUCGCAUCCCGAACUCGAGUCAUCUACGGAUCGCGACUACCAGCCUGAUCGACGCCAAGAUGUCAAACAAAACGACGAUCAUAUCCUUACAGGUCGAUCCUUUGUGCGGAAACAGUAUGGCGCCUGCUCAUCAGGCCCGAGCCUUGCGGAGGAUGGCGAGUGCAUGCUGGUGCUGUACUGUGUCGUGGCGGGGGGCCAAGCCGGUGGACGUUGUGGCAGUUCGAUUUUUUAUACGUGCUGCUAUAAACCGGUAACAACACGGAGUUCCCCGAGCUUUGACCUGAGUUCCGUGCUGGGCUCAGCGAAUGCACUGCCAAUGUCUGGAGGUUUUGGAACACCGGGUGUCGGCGUUGAGACGGAGCGCGUGAUUGAAAGUGGCUUUGACGACGAUGCCGUCUGUGGCCAAACUAGCAGCCACAAAAAGCUACAGCGUCGAAUCAUUGGAGGGGAUGACGCUCACUUCGGUGAGUUUCCGUGGCAGGCCCACAUCAAGAUCGGUCGACAGCAGUGUGGCGGAGCACUAGUCAGCCAUCACUACGUGAUCACUGCCGCUCACUGCGUUCACCUCAAUCCGCUUCGGCGAAUCAGCGUCGUACUCGGCGCCUACGACAUUCAAGCGUCGAGGUACUCGCGCAGUUCGUCAGCGCGGACAUUCCGAGUCGCUCAGAAGAAGAUACAUCCGAACUUUGCUUUCUCAGCAUCGCAGCCAGAUCGAUUCGACGUCGCACUGCUAAAGCUCGAUCGUUAUAUUCAUUAUCAGGAGAACAUCUUGCCGGUUUGCCUGCCUCCGCGCGGAUGGACUUUCGAGGGAUGGCGAGCUACAGUUACGGGCUGGGGCAAAACCGACGCCUCGCUCAACAACCGCUAUGGUACCCGGGUCCUCCAGAAGGUCCAGGUGCCAAUUAUAACGCGGUUAGAAUGCGAACGGUGGCAUCAACUACGGGGCAUCCAUAUCAAGAUAUACCCAGAGAUGAUGUGCGCCGGCUACAAGGAGGGCAAACGCGAUGCGUGCGUCGGUGACUCUGGUGGUCCUAUGACACUAUUUCUAAACGGUCGCUGGACGAUCGUCGGUAUCACAUCAGCAGGUUUUGGAUGCGCGCAAUCUCAUCAACCCGGCAUCUAUCACCAGGUUUCAGUAUCAGUCGACUGGGUGCUGGCCAACCUUUAAAGAAUUUUUAAGCGAAUUAUGAUUAUAAAGGUUAUGAAAUGAAUGACGAGAGACAAAUGAAGAUGAAACAAAAUGUCACGAAAUAUUGUUACGCGGGACACCAUUUCUUUUUCUCUAGCCACAAGGAGCCAAGGAGCAUCAUCAGCAUCGAGCUCCUAUCUUAUCUCAGCACAUCCAGCCUCAUUCGAAGUGCUUCAAUUAUAGCUCUUCUUAUUUGUCUGUUAUUGUCGUUACCCGAAAUGUACUCUACAAGUGUCAGGAUGCUAUCUAAUUUGGUCAUUUAGCGCAGCUGCUAACAUUCAUUGCAUAAACGUGAAAUGUUACAGGAAUAGAAAAGACACGCGUAUCAUACAUACACACACAUAUAUAGCAGACCCACCUAAUUACACUGGAACAAUGUGACGCAAUCGUAUUUAUAUAUGGAAUAUAAUGACAUGAUGUAAGGACGUUUCACGACGCAUAUGAUUUGUGCGUGGAAAAAACGAGAAAUUGCCACCCCAGGGUUUAGGAUAAACGAUCGUCACCGUGCUUAGCACUUUAAAGCGUUUUAUUUUUGAUGAACUAAGCCAUCAUCAUUAUUGUUUGGCGUCGUUAAGGGCUCGAAUCUCUGUUUGGCACGGCACGUUCCUCGGCGUGCUGCUCAAAAAUACUCGCAAAGGGGAGUGUAGGCGCUGAUGGCGGGUACAGGACCGGCUAUUAUUUUUGGCAAGAUUUACCAGAUCACCAGCUAUAAAGGCUGAGAUGUGAGGCAUGGCCGACCCUAUUAUUACUACUGAUAAUAAUAAUAAUAACUUUGAUGCUUAUUCGAUUGGCAGUUGCUUUUUAGGGCAGCCUUUAUUUCAAAUCACCGUAGGGACAAUAAAAACCCACAUGUUUUUUUUUGUCUGUCAAGAGCACUUGGUGAGAAGCAUGAGAAUCAACAUAAUAGUACGAUCCUGUAAUAUCACUUCACUUAAUAUCUAUCGACAAUAUUUAUAAACUGUUUUCAUUUGUUACCAUUCCCGAACUACACGUAAAUAAGCAACGUUAACUAACCCUAAUAAUAUCGACCUGGCUAAGCAUUGUCGCAAACUAUCUUGGCUGGGCUGACUGACGUGCAGGCCAUACCUAUGUUUUCGAUAAAUAGAAGACGAUUAGCUUCAAUGAAAUGUUGUCAGUCGCAUACCCCUCCGCCCAUUACCCAGGACCUUAAAUUCUCGGCCUACUCAUCCGAAGGCGGCGAGGAACACGGCGAACGCAACAAUACCGCGGCUGUACGCUGUAACGGAACGUGUUUUGGUUUGCUUACGAUGUCUUUUACAUCAAAUCAUAGGCAGGUAUAUCAGCGUAACGCUAUCCCGAUGUGUGACUCUCACUGAAAUGUCAUCCAGAUCCGUGGCUUUUUUUUGGGCCUGUGGUUAAUAGCAGAAGAAAGUGGGGCAUGCUAGCAGGAAAUUGAAACGGUCAAGCUACAUAGAAUAGAGAGCAUUUGCGCGCAUCGCGUGGCUUUGUGCUGGCUCCAUUCAGCCUUUUGAUCGUAUGGCACCUCCUUCUGCGCGAGUCGCUUCAAGGACUUGGCCCUUUUUCAGUGAGCGUCUGCUGGCAUUUACAACAAAUUAAACUACUAUUGGUGCUAUUGCUGGGGUAACCGUUAUCUACUGUUGACUCGACUGUCCGCUGGCACCACCCCUCAAAGUGAUGUUUUCAGUAGGUCAUCGCUACGUUCUUUUUCGUGAGCUUGCGAGUAAGCAAGCAGCAACCAAAUGACGACUAAGUCCAAAGAUCGCUGUCCAUGAUUAACAAGACCAGCGCGAACUAGGGUCAUCGGUAAGCAGUCACAGCAGACAAACCAGUAUCUGCAUCAAUUACACGACUACAAAACUGCCAGUUUCUCUAUCUCUGUGCGUCGCAUCAUUUCUUAGUGUGUACGCGUUUGUCUAUCAGCCCGACCCUCCACUAGCUGGCUGCUGUCUAGCUUAACCACACGAAAGUAGACUGCGCCAAUGUAGCGCGUCGAAGUCGCUACGAAGUCCGCUAGGGGAACGGCGAAACGCAGCAAAUGUAGCGAUGUUCUAUUGCUACAAUCUUUGACGCUGCUGGUGCCGGGGCUAAUAGUUUAAGCAAUGUGACGGUUGCCACCGCUGCUUCCAGCCGCAAGUCUGCUUAUAUCGAAGUGGCAAUGCAAAGAGGGGCAAAGACUGGCUGAAGUUACAAACAACAGCAACAAAAAAGAGCCACGAGAUGGGAUAUGCCUUUGUGAUAGCCUUUGUUUGUCUUAUCGCAAUCACAUAGCAGCGAUGAUAAUGACAACAGUACCGAAUUGCGAUUAUACUUUUGCGUAAACUUCAGCCUCACCAGUUUCGGUGACAGCUACGAUUAAGUGGACUACUGCUUCAUCCAAACAAAGCACGAUGACCGGCAACUAGUAACAACAGAUGCGUUUGCACCAGCAGCAUCAUAGCCUCCCUGAUCACUUUGGGAGGGGCAGUAGAUAUGCUGACAGCCUGUUCUAACACACGAUUACUGCACGAUGGGGGGAGGAGGUCAAACGAUCGUUAGCUCAGCUAUCAGCGGUAGCAAUAACAACAGAGAAACGCACAGACGACAUUGUGGCAGUUUUUAUUGUUGUCCUUGCUCACGGCCUGUGUUGCGCGAUAGGACGACAUCGUUGUUUCCACAGCUACUCGUAGCUAAAAUUACUGUAGGUGAGAUUAAUCCGGAAACUGUGACUCUAAAAGGAUUUCGUUAGUGUUGAAACUGCUACGACCUUUGACUCUGGGCACGCCAUUUUUCCGUUUGUUUUUGCUAUUGCUGGCGGUGAACGCUCGGAUCAGUUUUUGAGCCUUUGGUAAUGGUAUUUAUUAGUUUGUAUUAGGUCAGUUGCCCCGAAGACUUGAGAGAGAGACUGAUAGACCCUGAGGUAACACGAGAGCGACCACCUUUCUUUAAAUUCGAUAUAUUUAGUAGUGAUGAUAAACCAGAUUCGUUAUAGUAUCCUGCAUAUUAUUAUCAGUUUGUCCGAGUUGUAGAUCGACUUGACUGGGUUUUUACCACAUUUUAUAUACACGUUACUCCCGCGACAAACUGAGAAAUCAUCUCAAAUGUUACCAAAAAAAUGAAGCUUAUGUUUGAAAACAAAGUCCUCAACAAAUAGAUCUAUUUUUAAUCUGGCAAUACACAUACAAUCACAGAUGUUUGUAUGUUAUUAUUGAGAUGGAUUCAUAUCUAGUUUUAACUUUCGGUACGCUGCCGAUCUUGUUUAACUAUUCUUCUACAACACUGGUGAUUAACUAACACAAAAUUACGGGUUUCAUAUCGUCCGACACGCGUACCGAUCUUCCAUUAGCUAAGAUUCGAUUCCUUCUGUUAUUGUUCCCCAUCUUUUUCUAAUUCGAAACGUUGAAAAUGUUGAAAACGAAGCGACAAGUCUCACGUGAAUUGUUUGCAGGUCGAUCAGCCCCAAGUAGACGAUAUCUCAUCUGCCGUACGGUUGACGCCAACAACCAAUACGUCGCUACCGCCUUCGUUUUCGAUCAAUUCAGCAUUUGCUUGCCAACGUGAUGUGUCAAUACGUGAAUAGCAGCAAUGGUAGAUAGGUGCGCGAAUGAUGCAUGUGCCAAAGCUGGUGGAUGAUGAUUCAUUAGUAGACACAGCAUUGCCAUAAGCAUCGAUGAUGACGGCGGCGGCGGCGGCGACAAUAUUAGCAGACAACACAACAAAAGCAAUAGCAACAACUGUAACAAACAUCGUUGGCGGUAGCAUCGGUCGAAUAUUCAGCGGCUAAGAUCUUCGUACAUCAUGGCGGUAUUGUCAACUUUUAUUAAACUCUAAUACAAUUAGCGGUAGCAUCGCUAUCACCGAGAUCAUCCCUUAAUAACUGAAAGAUGAGCGGACGUCCAAACCGUUGAAAUAUUGGUGAAGGCCCUGAUGACUGUUAGCGGUCGUUGGUGCUUCGACAAACGAAGUGUUUUGAUGGCGGCUUGACAAAUCGCCCGACACUAUUGGCCCAUAACAUAUAUCGACGGAACAUGAUAGGACGAUCGAUAUGGUCCGAAGAUACGGGCGUAGAUCGACUGAAUAUGGCGACGACGACGACGACGACGACGAUAUAUGUACAUAUAGGUUAUGCAGUCUAAAAGCGUCCAGUCAAUCGUGAAUUCGUGCUCUUAUGAAGUUAGAAACAUGAUUACGGUAUUGUGGCCAUAUUCUUAACUUUAUACCAUACAACUUUAUAACCAUAUAUUGUACGAUAGUUUAAUAGAACUACUUUAGUGUUUUUUGAAAUCGGGAAUUUUCCUCACGUAAAGCAGUGAACGAUUGUUACGUGCAACGCUAGUUCGCUCUUUAUCCUACACGAUUGUAUAAAUCUAAACGAUUAUUGAGGGGAGCGUGCACAGCUAAGUAGUACUAAUAUGAAUUAACGAAAUGGCUGAUUUCCCAAGCGUAUCGAUAUUUAGCACGCUGUACCAUCAAUGAGAGCACGUACAUCGGAUCUCCCGGGUCUGUGACACAGGUAAUAGCUCCUAGGCUGUAUUGUUCGUUAGUUUGUUAGCUUUAUUUGUAGGAUGGAGCUUGUACCUAAAAUUUUGCAGCUUUGCGUACGAACCCAUCUAUUCGUUAGUAGUAUCGGAUCAUAGCGACACACUUGGCCGGAAACGACAUUUUAUCACUUACAAUAGCCGACAAGAACGAGAAAAAUAGAUCGGAGCAUUUACGUUUUUGAAUAGUAAUUGAAAUAUGUACGAAUGCAGUGUUUCACUUGUGUUAUAGCUAGAGACGUUUUUGUUGGGUGUUAGCCGGCGAUUUCGUGGUGAUACUCGAAACGCCACAUUAAGUUGAAACAUGUUAAACGCGUCAGAGACAUGCUGUCUCUCGCUUGUUCAACAUAGAGCCCAAACGGCUUUCGACCCAUUAACAUUAGUGUGCUUUAAUAGCGGAAAGAUCGAAAUAAAAAUGAAGCAUUAGGAUGAUUUCGAUUGCCACGUUUUUAUACCAGAAACAAAGAAUGUUUAAAACUGAUAUAUCUAUAUUUAUCCUUGUUAUUGAAUAAUGUCUACGAUUGAUCAGAAGAAACGUACGAAUGGCUGUCGUUCAAUUUCUCGAAGUAGACAAGGGUGGAAUCGACCCUAAUACUAAAGAAAUAGUAUAUGUAACGUUGCAUAGACCGAGCGCCUCUCAUAAUUCACACUGAAGUAUACUAUAGGAUACACAGCAACCAGAACGAGAUCAGCCAUAUAAAUAACUGUAUCAAGGUUUACAUCCGGUUUUGCCAUUGAGCAGAUCCGCUGAACAAAAUAAGCAAAUUUAUGGUAGCCAAUAACCAAUUCUAUUCGACUUCUCAACGAGCUAAUACCUACCUCAUAGACGACAGUGACCCGCAAAAGGCAUUAAGUUUCGGUGGUUAAUAUAUAUUAUCUCAAAAACGGCAUCGAUUCAACAAAUAGCAAAAAAAUAACAAAUAAUCCACUGCGUUUGUCAGCUAGCAUCUCACUCACGCUUCGUUAUAUUGACGGUCUUUACAUGGCCAAUUAGUUGUUCCUGUUGGUAUUUUCAGAUUAUGUCCUUGACUUAGUCUGAGUGGUCGGACCGCUUUGGGACUUUCGCAUCAACGGCUGCACUGCUGCACGUUGUAUUGCGUAUGCACGGUUAUCCUGACCGCAGUUCCGCAAUAACACGCCAGCGGCAUUGCGACGAAGCGUCACUCAGUAGGCGUAGAUAACACAAUCGUUCUCGUGGCCGUUUGGCGCCGAUCGGUUCAAAGUACGACGAUAGAUGGGCGUUCCGUUAUACACUAGUAUCUCCUGUAUAGCCGGCGCGCUUCAAUAAAUUUACGAUAUUUACACAUCGAAUUGGAGCAAAAUGUGUGGACUAUAAAGAUAGAGGUUCUAAGUGUCGCUUGGUAUAUUCGUCACCAUCAAUAGGGUUAGGAAUAACACCUUACGUUUGUCGAUGACAGCUUGAACAAAGCUUGAUACACAGAAAACACAGUAUUGGAAUUGGUAUCGUUUAGCAUAAUAUUGUUAAAAAAGUGAUCACCAGACUCACGAUUUAGAAAUUCAAUCAUGCAUUGGUUGCCACGCAAUGUAAACUUGCCCAUGGCUGUUUGUUCUGUGAACUUGAACAUUUCCUAUCUGGGUUUAUUUACUAACUCAAAGGCCAUUAAAAAAGGGGCGAACGAUUUUUGUCGAUUUCCCCUUCAUCUGUAAAUGAUCUUGUUCUGUGUAGCACCAGUGGCAAAAGGGAGCAAUAAUGUAACUAGCUACAAAGCUACUUCUCUUAGCAGUAAUUUUUGUCGUUGAAAAUCCGUUUCUUUGCUAUAGCUUGUUCUCUCAUCUGGUAGUCCCUGCGGUUUUAAGGCCGCGGUUCCCGUUUACUACAGACUUGUGUUACCUUCGACUUCGUCCGACCGGCCUCUUUCCACAAGUCAUAGCGCUGUGCACGCAGAGACCUUCCAUUUGCUCGAAAUAUUUAUUUGGGUAUCGGAUAAGCUACAAUUUUCAACGCUGCGUUGAGUAUCACAAAAAUCAUGAUAAUAAUGAAGAACGCAGUCCAAAUAAAAAUAUAAAAUACUGACUAUUCGACAAAAUGGAUUAGCAAUGGUAACAUAUGGUAAAUGCAAUAAUAGUGCUUUCACCACGUAGACGAGCGGUGGUUUUGCCUUUCGCGUUGAGCCAUUACAAGCCAUGAGGGCAACGAUAUUUGCAGGUCUGUUGUUACUCCUCUGACAACAUCUUAAUGAAAACUGGAGCCUUUCGUCGUCAACCUUUAGUCGUUGUUGAUGAUCAUUACCAGACUGUACUAAGUGACCUAUUGAUAAGAGAUACUUACUCUUUUUAACCGAAUUAAUAUUAUUACACAUACAUAUAUAUGAUAGACGUUUUGUGGCACUACUGAUCCUUUUACCCAACCUCUCGGUGGCUGCAGUCCUUUCCGUUCAAAUAUUUUAAGCGAAUCUAUGCCAAGCUGGUGAGCCCUUGUUUACUCUUGGCGUCAACGGCUAACGGGCGGGGGUGCCUGAUUUUAUUGGACGAAUACAUUAAUUAGUGUGUAAUUAAAUUUCAAAAUGGCGGUCUGAUUAAUGUUUAUAUAAUGCUACUUCAAUAGCUCUACACUAAAUUUACUUUCGACAGUUAUUGAAUUUGGUAUUCAUCUGUUGUUAUUGAGCUUUUUUUAUCCGAUUCUUGUGUGUCCAUCGUUCGCCAUUUGGCUGCCACGAAUGUCUAUAACAACAAAAAAUCGAACAAUAAUUUUUUUUACCUGGCACAUCGUGUUGUUAGUGCACCGAGAAUUUCGAUUGCUAAAUAGAACUAUUCUAAUAUAUAGCAGUGGCAGCGACUAGGGGAAUAGAAGGAAAUUGCAGAUAGAAUGAAUUAGAACAGUUCAGCAAAAAUGACUUCGGUAGAAAUAAUAAAAAUUGACUGAAUUUCGUAGCGAUCCCUUCUUCGGUUGGACGAGUUCGGUGCUAGAAAUACAGACGGUCCAGUUUUCUCGUAAGGUCAAGUAUUGUUUCUGAACUAAUUAUGAACGCCUGCUGACGCCGGCUCAAACGAGAGCUGUUAAGUUUAUAAUGCGAAAUAUUGUUUGUGACACCGUUACACAACGAUUACAUACGAUUACUAGCCAGAUUAAAAUUCCGAGAAAUUUAGAUUACUACGACAUCCUUUUUUGUGUUUGCCCCAUUUUUAGCGUAGUUAUUAUCGUCGUAUUGUUGUUGUCGUGUUUGCUAGGGCUUCAAGGAACACGUUGAUCGUUGUGACACGUCGAGCAGUCGAGCAUGACUACGCCCAUUAUGAGCGCUAGUCCACCGUAAAACGUAUUUUUUUUCGAGCACUAAAGAAUAGCGUCGUGCGUAUGGUGGAUUCUGGCAAUUCAGGCUCGGAAAAUAGAUCAAUCUCUCUACUUACUUCGAUGAAGGAGUGUUCAUGCUACUUGCUCUGGCGGGAAGUUCAGGCCAUUUGAAUCAGCCUGAUACGACUUCAGUCUGAUUUAUACUGUAUAUAUAUAAAAUGCACAUGAGGUUUUGUUAGCCCUCGUUAGACCUUUUUAGAUAGUACGCGUAUAUAUAUAUAUAUAUAUAUAUAUAACGAGGAUGGUGAGCACGAUUGUGACGAUAAUGGUCAUCAUCGUCACGCUAAACACAGAAACGCCAUAAAGGUAGUCAUUCGAGUGCACGAAUUCUGAUGAGUACAAUUCAUCUGAUCCUUACUAUAAUACUGUAAUAGAAAUCGAUGAGGCGGGCUACUUCAAUCGUAGUGCGUGUGUUAAGCGUAAGAUUUCGGUCUAGUUAAACCAAGGACUAGUGCACUCGGCCCUCGUAGAUACCAAUAUCAUCUUCUUUUUUCUUCACUGUUGCUUUGAAAAGGACAGUAUUGCAUAGUUUGUGCCAGUUAUUUUUGGGUACGCUAUUGCAAUGUUCAGCUAUCGCGGAACGAAAGCAAUUUUAUUUGCUUGUUUUUGACCUUGUAUUUGUUGUUCAGAUAUCCUUUCUGCCGUCGUCCGAGUCCAAAGUUUUACGAAGGCAGGGAAGGAAGUCUUAAGCAGUUCUGAUAGCGAUCUGCUUUCGGAUUUCGGCGCGUCGUUGUCAUUUUCAGAUGCCCAUAAUCAUGAUUGCAAGAGUAUGAAAGAAAAUGCGAACCUGAAGUACAAAAAGCGUCAUGAGCAAUAUCAGAGAUUGAAGUUAUUAAUCCAGCACAGUGCAACAUAAAGUAAUACAGUUGCAGACGAUCCAUAGUGUAACAUAAUAAGAACAUAUCAUACCGUCAAACAGUAUAACAAGCUUCACUAUAUAUGGUACGAUACGGUAACAUUUGUGGAGUGAUGACAGCUUAACAAAUCAAUAGAUUACCAGGUCACCAACGCUAAAUGGCGGACGCUUCGAAACCUUAAGGCAUUUUAUGUAUUAAUAUGGUUGUCACAACAGUUUGUAGCAAAUUUUUGUUUGUAGUAAAAUAAUUAACUAUAAAAACGGCUUAUGAAAAUACUAUCAGGAGAUGAAAGUUACCUCUCAAGUAUGAAAUUAAUCAGAUAGAGAAGAAAACGUAUUGGGAAAAAGGAAGAUCCCAUUAUUGUAGUUUCCCAAAUGACACACAUAUCAUCUGUA